GGACUCCUUCAAAUACCUGGACCCCAGCUCUGAGACUAAACAUGGCUGACAAAAGCGUGCGUAUCAGUGGGGGGGCAGUCAGAUAUGGGGCCACCUAUGGUGGCAACCGUUUGUUCUCUGCAGGCAGAAGUGGCGGUGGUUCCAGCAUGGCUAUGUCCCGCUCCUUUGGCCUUGGUGGAGGUCUGGCGAGGGGAGGAGGAGUUAGCAUUGGCAUGGGUGGUCUCGGUUUGGGGCUAGGAAUGGGUGGAGGUCUAGGUCUGGGUGCAGGCCUGGGUGGAGGUCUGGGCCUGGGUGGAGGACUGGGCCUGGGUGGAGGACUGGGCGGUGGUCUGGGUUUGGGUAUGGGUUCUGUAGGUGCCAAAGCUGCAGGUUUUAGAGCAGGUGUGGCUCCUCUGAGAGCUCGCCUUGGUGGCCGUGCCUUCAAGAUCGGAGGUUACGGGUUCAACCCAUCCUUCCUAAGCACCACCACUACAACGACUACAGGUGUCACUCCAGUCCCUAGUAUUGAUCCAUCACUGCCAUCGCUGGAUACAGUGCAGGUCACACGCUUGAAGGAAAAAGAAGAGCUUCAAGUACUCAAUAACAAGUUUGCCAUGUUUAUUGAUAAGGCUCGAUCGCUAGAGCAGCACAAUGCCAUCAUGAAGGCCAAAAUUGCCAUGUUCACCAACCCUGACCAGGGUGGUCCCAUCAGCCCCUCCAUUCUGCUCACUUCAGCCAUUGGAAACUACAAAUCCCAGAUUGACGGCCUCACCGCCAACAAAGAGGCCAUCAUUGCUGAGAUUGAACAUUUUAAAGGCAUUAUUGAUGAUGUGCAGACCAGAUACGAAGAGGAGGUGUCUCAUACCAAGACUCUAGAACUGGAAUGGACCACAUUGAAAGAGGAGGUGGACAAUCUUUACCUCACCAUUUUUGAGCUGCAAAGCAAGAUCGCUGGCCUGGAAGAUCACCUUGCUCUGUCCAAGCAGGUGUAUGACUCUAAAGUAAACGAAGUGAGGAACGUUGUGACUGGCGCUGUGAAAUCAGCAGUCUCUAUUUUGGUGGAUAAUGCGGCUCAGGCACACGAUCUGACCACGGCUCUGGCUGAAGUUAAGGGUCACUAUGAAACUCUGGCACAGCGCAGCAAACAGGACGCUCUACUAUCCGUACAGGACAGUAUCUCCACAAUGUCCGUAUCGACCCAGCCUGGUAUUCAGACGCUCAGUGCUGCCAAAGAGGAGCUGCGACUUUACAGACUACAGAUUGACUCUGUUCAGCGAGAGAUUGACCGGCUAAAAUCACUGAACAUCCAGCUGGAGUCUCAGGUGGACGAAGCUGAAUCUCACUCCAGCACCCACACAGACACCUACCAGGAACAAGUGUUGGCUCUUAAGUCGCAGCUUGAUGACAUCAGAAAGCAAAUUACACAUUAUGGACAAGAGUACCAGGAACUUUUGGCCAGCAAAAUGUCUCUGGAUGUUGAAAUCACAGCCUAUAAGAAACUCCUGGAUAGUGAGGAGAGCAGGAUCAAGUCUGGAGGAGGAAUCACUGUGCACAUGUCUAAGACGACAGUAGGAGGUGGAGCAGGUGGUGCUCUGGCUCUGUCUGGAGGAGGAGGAGGAGGAGGACUGGGAGGAGGUGCUGGUCUGGGUCUCGGAGGUGGAUUUGGCUAUGGAGCAGCCAUGGGUGGUGGUCUGGGUGGUGGUCUGGGAGGUGGUGUUGGAGGUGGUCUCGGAGGUGGUUAUGGAGUGAGUGUUGGAGGAGGCCUGGGCAGUGGUCUUGGAAUGGGAUUAGGAGGAGGAGGAGGGCUAGGAGCCAGCGGGAGCAGCUAUAUGUCCUCCAGCAUGAGCAGCAGUGGACUCUCAUCCACUGUCUACUAAAGAACUUCAGCUCUCCCUCAAUGAUCCACAGAUUAAAGCAAACUAAGCACAGAUAUUUCAGUAAAUGUUUGCACAACUGUUGCCUCCUACUGCAGAAAACCCUUAAAAGUCUUUGUUAUACCUGAUGUUUACUCUGUUUUUAAACCAGCACCGCACAUGGUUUCAGAUUCCAAGCUGUCAGUAAUACUGAGAUCUAUAAAACAAAACCCAGUGUAAAAUUCAGAGUCUGCUAACAGUUUUGUGUUAAAAGCCAAUAAAGCA